AUUUUGGUGUAGUAUAGCUAUAUAUAAUACUUAUCAAAAGCGUUAGUAAUGGCUGAGAAUUGUGGGGACAUGGAGGCUGUGAUAAAAUCUCAGGAAGAAGUUGUCGAUUCUCUCAUGAACGAUAUGGAACAACUUGAGAAGGGGACCUAUGAUUUCAAAGGUGAUGAGCUCAAUAGUGAAAAAAUAAAAGAAUUAACAACAGCAAAUACGAAAUUACAAUAUCAAAAAGGUCAUCUUCAAAGGAAUUUGGAUGCUGAAUUAGCUCGCAGUGAUGUCAAUAAAUGUAUGCCAAAUAUCAGUGCUGGCUUGGGUGCUAUAUUCCAAAUCGCAAUUCUCAAAGCUGUACCUGAUGUCUCUGAUCCUCCUGUAGCAAUCACUCCAAGUCAGAAUGAAAAGUUUGGAGAUUAUCAAUGCAAUAGCGCAAUGGGAAUUGUUGGUUUAUUAAAAGCUGAAGGACAAAAGGUUUCGCCAAGAGAUAUUGCGGCAAAAAUUAUCGAAAAUCUUCCUGAAAAUCAUCUAAUUAAAUCUGUCGAUAUUGCUGGUCCUGGAUUCAUAAAUAUUCGCAUUAAAGAAGAUUUCUUGAUGCAAGCAAUUGCUAAUGUUGUAUUGGUAGGAGCGUCUCCUCCACCUUUGCAAAAGCAGAAGAGAGUUAUUAUUGAUUACUCAUCUCCGAAUAUUGCGAAGGAAAUGCAUGUUGGCCAUCUACGUUCAACAAUCAUUGGCGACAGUAUCAGUCGAUUAUUUGAAUUUCUUGGACAUGACGUUUUGAGGCUGAACCAUGUUGGUGACUGGGGAACGCAAUUUGGAAUGUUAAUUGCACAUUUGACGGACAAAUUUCCGAAUUUUAAAACGGAGUCGCCACCUAUUGGUGACUUGCAAGCUUUUUAUAAAGAGUCGAAAAAACGAUUUGAUGAAGAUGAAGAGUUUAAAAAAAGAGCGUAUAAAGCCGUCGUCAAAUUACAAGGAAAAGAAAAAGAUUAUAUACAAGCUUGGAAUCUUAUUUGUGACGAAUCAAGGAAGGAGUUCCAAAAAGUUUACGACAGACUGCAGAUUCAAAAUUUGAAGGAGCGAGGAGAAUCUUUUUAUCAGGAUAUGAUGCUCGAUGUGGUAAAAGAAUUGAACGAAAAAGGUCUUUUGAAAGUGGAAGAUGGCAGAACGCUAAUGUUUCCACCAAACUGCUCAAUUCCUUUAACGAUUGUUAAAUCUGAUGGAGGGUUCACUUAUGACACAAGUGACAUGGCUGCGAUCAGACAAAGAAUUAACGAUGAGAAAGGUGACAUUCUUAUUUAUGUCACAGAUUCUGGACAAGGAACACAUUUUCAAACCAUUUACGCCGGUGCACAAAUGGCUGGUUGGUAUAACCCGAAAGAAAAAGUUGUUCGACAUGUUGGAUUUGGUGUUGUGUUAGGUGAAGAUAGAAAAAAAUUUAAAACUCGUUCUGGAGAAACUGUACGACUCAUUGAUCUGCUUGAUGAAGGUUUAAAACGUUCCAGAGAUAAAUUAAUUGCCAAAGAAAGACAUCUUGUACUUUCUAAAGAAGAGCUUCUUGCAGCAGAAAAGGCGGUCGCUUAUGGUUGCGUCAAGUAUGCAGAUUUGAGCCACAAUUACGUCAACGAUUACGUGUUUUCAUUCGACAAGAUGUUAGAUGACAGGGGCAACACUGCUGCUUAUCUCCUUUACGCUUACACAAGGAUAAGAUCAAUCAGAAGGAACGCUGAUGUGACGAAAGACAGUUUGUUAACCACAGCAAAAGAAUCUGGUGGAGUGCAUAUGGAUCACCCGAAGGAAUUCAAGCUUGCCAAAUGCAUCUGCAGAUUCACAGAAGUUCUGCAGAGAGUAAGUGAAGAUUUGGCACCACACACAUUAUGCGAUUACGUCUACGAGCUGUCGACAACUUUCACGGAAUUUUACGAUUCAUGCUAUUGCAUAGAGAAAGAUAGAAAAACAGGAGAAAUCAUUAAAAUCAACAAAAAUCGCUUGCUUCUCUGCGAAGCCACUGCAGAAAUAAUGGACAGAUGUUUUCAUAUAUUGGGCUUGACUCCAGUUGAGAAGAUGUAACUGAAUUCCAGUGUUCUCAUCGCUGCCACUUUGGUAUGCUAUCUCACUCGCCUAAUGUGAUCUCAUAAAGACAUUCUUAUGGAGUUCAGUUCCUAACUAAAAUCACUGAGAUAGCAAACCGAGAUUGCAUACCAAAGUAGCUCGUGCUCAUCUGCUUUGCAAAAUUUGUAUUUUCGCCAAAAUUGUUGUUGUUUAGAUCUAAAGAGAUUGUGUAUUAAUAUUGUUGGAUCAAGCAUCUGUCAUUCGCAUACUAACUUUAUCUGUGGACCAUGCUAAGCUUAAUUUAAAUUUUGGCAUUGCGUAUCUCUUCAAUGUAUACACGUGUUCCAAAAAUCUUGCGCAAUCCCCAAAUUUCUUCUGUACAUAUAUUUUGAGUUAUUGAAAUGAAUUUAUUUUAUUGAUUCUCGGCAAUGACAUUUGGCGAUCAGUAUCGGUUUCAAACCAAUGAUAUUUAUAUUUUCUUCCCCCCAAAUGGGACUGUUUUGGGCUUCGUUUGGCGCGAAAAUGUGCCAACUUAUAAAAAAUGUUCAAUAAUACUUUCCAAGUUCCAAUUGUGUUUUUCAAGGAAUUUAAUAGGAAUUGGUAAAAUUAUGGUCCAACUCACUGUUAUUAUAUAAAUCUUCACAUUUUCAUAUCAAAUUCAUGGUUUAUAUGCUUUUUAAAUUUAGCAUCAUUUUUCUUGAAAUAUACAACAAUAUAAACUUUUAAAAACCAUAAUCCUUAAAUACUAAACUUUUUAGAGAAGGACCAGUUCCAACAUGAUUUUUGAAUUCUUUCGGUAAACUGAAAAUGAAGGUGGUAGUAUAGUUGGUGUAUCUAGGAUUGGUGAGAUACAUUUUGCAAAAAAUGGAAUAAUUUAAACAUGCAUAACUGAAUUAUCUUGUUUUAUGGAUACCACAAUAAUCGACACAGUUUGAAAAAAUUCAUUUAAAUUCGAUUUCUAACGUAAUUUUAUAUACAGGUGUCCAAAAAAUGUUGUCUGAUUUUAUAGUAAUAACAAUUGAAAAUUCCUUGGUCUUUGUUUAUCAAUUACUCUUAUUGCGCUUGUAGUUCUCAUUUAUCACACAAUAAAAUUUAUUUCAACUUGCAAUUGUUAUCUAGAAAAUCGGGCCAAAUUUUUCGGACACCUUGUAUAAAGCAUAGAACAGCCAAACCCAUCUAAUUUGUUUAUUAUUCUAUAGGUAUAAAGUGAUGGUUAAAAUAGUCUUAAAGAAGGAUAUAUUCAAAUAUAUACAGGAUAUUGAAUAUAUCCAACCACAGACUAUCAUCAUGUGCAGUAUUUUUCGAACCAGUUUUUUUUCUUCAAACGAAAUAAAUGCCAGAUUAUAAU